CGACCUUGCAUCAUGUCAUUGAGGCUGAGGGCAACCUUGUCUAGAUACCGUCGCCCUACUAGUACCCACUAGUGUAUUCUGUUAGGAAAGAAGCAAAAAGGAUGGGCUUGCAAUCUCGCAGUAUAUAUAACAAUGGCACUACCAGCAGCAGUUCCGGCGGUAUUCAGCCAACCCAGAAUAGUAUCAUACUUCAGAAAAAGAAGAAUCUGAUGAUGAGCCCUUCUUCCUCUUCUUCUCCUUUUGGUUCCAACAAGAGCAGUACAGCAACGAAGAACAAGAAGAGAAACCAGCUUCUGCUGUUUGGUUCCAUUUUGACUUUGGGUAUAAGCUGCUUCAUCCUGUUCCAGGUAGCUCAUUUGUCCGUUUGGAAGUUCAUGGGAAUGGAGGCUACCGUCCAGGAACCCACCCAGCCACUGCAAGAAACCACCAGAAGCCGCUUUGCCUAUGCAUUCUUUAUUGGGGGAGUUCCCACUCGAAAUCUUACCACCAGCCAUGAUCAUCCCAGUAUGGGAUACCGAGGAUUGCUCUACAAUGUCUUGGUCUCGGUUCACAAUCUACGAACAUCCGGUAGUCAAGCCGAUAUGAUCUUGAUGGUUCACAUGGCAAGCCCCUAUGCCGAAUUGCCACAAGAUGAGGUAAAAAUGAUUGCAGAUUUGAACAUCCAAUUGAAGUAUCUACCACCCUCCAUUCCCUCCUACACAAACGGAUUUGCCACUCUGGCCCUGGAAAAGUUCCGGAUCCUGGAAUGGGCUCAAUAUUCCAGAGUCAUGUACAUUAGUGCCGAUAUCAUGCCUCAGUGCAGUUUGGAUUAUCUCCUCGAACUCGCCCACGAAGGAUCAGUGGGACCAGAUUCUCUUCUCCGAGAAAAUGUUGUGAUUAGUAUUGCUGAUAAGCCCAUGUCCACUUCCAUUUUCAUUCUAAAACCCAACCGAGGACAUUACCAACAAUUCUUGAGAAUGCUGCAGGAGAGUUAUCCCUAUGGCAAUCAGAAUUUUGACAAGGAAGUUGGCUGGGGGCGAAAAUUCAAGGGCGGCGGCGAUAGUUGGACGUCGGUCAAACAAUUAGCCCUUCAAAUGGCGACUGGCAAGACGAAGAAACGUGUCAAACCAAAGACUCAAUGGUCGUUUGAGGGAGCCGACAGCGAUGCCGGGUUGCUCUACUAUUGGAUCCGCUUUGUGCGCAAAAAGUACUCCAUCGUUAUUGGCAAGCAAAUCUACACGCAAUUUGGCGGGUCUCGCGUUGAUAUUUUGCCUUCUAUCAAUCCACUCUUGAACUACAGUUGCUUGCCUAUGGAAGAAGAGAAACAGGGAGGCCGUGGAGCCCAGCAGUUUGCCGAUGAUCCCGACAAUAAGCUGCGCAAAAUCGUGGCUCCGUUUGGCGUGGCACCGUAUCGCGAUUUUGUGCAGUGGGAGUACCAUGCCCAUGCGCCCUGGCACUUUCAAAAGGCGCCGCAUCCGCAACUGAAUAUUACUUCGGCACGGCGCUAUUGGUUUUCUGUCUUGCGGCAACUGGAUGAAACGCACAAGUGGAAGUUGGGACUGUACGAGCCACAAUACAAACGUAACAAACGUGCAAGAAUAGCCAAUAGCGACGAUCAGCCGGAAUGGAAGGAAAAGAUCGGUGACGACCAAGCUAAUAAUUGGAAAUACAGUCCGAAACCCAGAGUUUCGGAGGACAGCAAGUAUCCCGUGUGGAGUACCAAAUUGCAGGCGUUGCAGCAUUGGAGCACUAUCCAGUCGGAUGAUCGCAUCAAAGAACACAAAUGGCAACCUCCGUACAUCCAGUUGCCGGGACAGGAAGAAGACCCUCAUCGACAGCAUCUCUUUUGGGGUGAUGAUGACUACACAACUAUGUCAAAGCAGAAGCAGUUACCCAACAAUCUAAAACCCUGCAAGUGUUCCACACCCAUCACGGUCGAUCCGUGUUCCUUACCUGACCGGAGCUUUGAAGAUUGGGUAAAAACACGCAUGGGAACGGGAUUUUCCAAACACACUCCAGCAUGCCCGGAUGCGGCACGUCAUGACAUGCAUGUCGUGUUGCCAUUCGCCAACUUGGAUGCCAACACCAUUCACGAUGCAUAUUGCUCUGUUCAGUGUCAAGAUUAUCCUUCCGACAAGGUCACCAUCUAUGUCUAUCAAGAUGGCGGUGAUGAAAAGUCGUUAUUGCCACCGAUUUGUGGCACCAAUGCUGUGCUCGAAUUGGACCCACCCGUCAAAGUAUCGGAAAUGACUUCCAAUCAGCAAGAAGAUGAAAAGUUCGAAGAAAAAGCCAAGGAGUGGGCGGAACAAGUCAUGAACAAUUUCGACCAGAAAUUGGCGUCGAAACGACACGGUUCCGUUGCUAACGUCGUUUGCUUGAAAUCACGAGAACAUUCUGGACCGGGCGGUGCCAAGUACUGGGCAUUUAGAUUGGUCCAAGCCAAAGCAAAUGCCAAUGAUGUCGUUGUGGUGUUGGAUGGCGAUGAUGAAUUCUAUACACCCAAAGCACUCCAGAUCAUUAACCGCAAAUACGUUGAAAUGAGCGCGUGGAUGACGUAUGGGUCAUAUCAUGGCAAGUACUCCGAACAAACCAAGGGCAUUCCGGGCAAGUAUUUGGAAGGGGGGGAAACUUGGAAUCCUCGGAAGGAAAAUCCGUCCUGGAGGUUUGGACAUACUCGCACCUUCAAGACACACCUACUGCGGCGUGUUACUCGCAAAGAUUUUACGUUCAAGGAUGGAUCCUGGCUUAUCAAGGCCACUGAUAGAGGAUUUGUUUAUCGCAUGCUGGAAGUUUCUGGAUUCGAUCGAGUCGGGUACAUUGAACAAGCCAUUUACAAGUAUAAGUGGUCCGCUUCGUCAUCGACACAGGCCCAAAUCCCAAAGGAAAUGCGCGUAGCUCAGCUCCAGCAUGUCGUAGACAUGGAACCAUCGAAACGAGUCAGCCUUCCGAUUCAUGUCAUAAUCGUGUGUUGGGGUCGAGUGUUCAUGCUGAAGGACCAGUUGACCUGGCUGCAGCAUCAAAAUCUCACCAAGAAUCGUCAAAUUAUUCUUCAUUUGCUGGGAAACAAUCCGGAUACGAAUCCAGACAUCCAUCGAGCAGUGAGGGAAUUCAAACAGAAGCAGCAAGAUGGCAAGUUUGAAGGCGUGAUACCCCUACAGAUCAGGAUAGUGGAGAACAAGGUGAAUUGGCAUGCCUUUUCCAGAUUUAUCUACACCAACGAGCUCCGAAAGACGGAACCCAUGGACCUUGUGGUAUUUGUCGACGACGAUCAAUUUUGGUUUCCCGACUUCCUCUCUGCUCUGUUGACAUACUUCAAGCCAAGAGGAAUGACUACUUGGUACGGCAAGACCUUCCCCAACACUGACCAACAGACCGGGAAGGCAGAUUAUUGGACGUCGGGGAUCCUCUGGAAAUACAUUAUGAGAGGAGAAACAGAGCUCGCGUCUUUUACUUAUGGGGGUCCCGGAGGGUCUGUGUUUGACAUCAAUCUCUGGUUGUUUGGACAACAGCUCAUGCGACUGCAGCGAGACUUGCAGCAAUACUACGAAUUUGACGAUUUGUGGGCGUCAUACAUCAUUGAUGCUAUGUUGGGCUGGGAAUUGCGCCGGUCCCCUUGGCCAGUUCCAAUCGACAUUGCUAAUUGUGACCAUCCCAUCUACAAUGAAACAAUCUUCCCGAGCUUGCCGGAAAAGCAAGCGGCUAGAAUACGGCAGAUGAAUGCCGACAUGCAAGUGCAACUGCGAGCCGUUGCCACCUUCAGUGACAACACGACUGCCAACACAAAGUCAGGCAUGUUUGACGAUCUGUGCACUCGAUAUUACUGGCACGUGAAUCGCCCCGAUGGGAAAGAGUGGCGUCCCAACAAGCUGACAGUGGAGCGGUCGAAUGUGAUUGGAAAGUCACCGAUUUUGCGCCCAAUUCCUGCGGUUUCAGAACCAAAGCGGGCCUUUGUUUGCAUUACCGGGCAAUUUGAACGCCUUGAGCUCAAAAGCAAGAUCGAGAAAUUCUUUCGGUCCUUGUCUCGGGUGGGCUACAAGGUGGACGUGGCUUUGGUUCUGACUGGAGGCAUGUCAACAUUCACGAACGAUGCACACAUCAAUCAGGCCGGAAGAGACAAGAGUCCUUUCUACGAACAAUUUUCCAAGGCAGUGGAGGCGAUUCAACAAGAGAGCAAUAUCACACUGAUAUCUCCACACGAUAAGAAAGAUGGUCUCUACGAGCGGCUCUCGGUAAACAAAGUACAUCUUCAGUACUUGAUUGGGUUGUAUGAAGAUCAGGUUGACAAGCGGUCGUUUGAGGCGCAAGAAAAUAGGGCAGAGAAUCACCCGCGCAUCUACGAGAGCUAUCAACGAUGUCUCGCCCAUGCCGAGAAUCAUAUCGAAAAGGUGUCUUUAAAAGCGGCAAAAGCAGACCCAAGUGCAACGUUCAACCCGCCCACUCUCGAGAACUACUACAACGUCUACUUUCGGCUGCGAGAAGAUGUUGGCUUCCAAAACUCAUUGCCCAACAGUGUGGUCUCCAGCCUUGCAGAGCCGCCUCGCAACAGUAUAACCGUCUGUUCGUGCCGUGCUUGGGGAGGGCUCAAUGAUCGUUUCGCCACUGUAAGCCCUGAUGUUGCGAGGAUCUACUUCACCCGUCCCUACAAUAUCUUCUCAUCACAAGAAGACAUGGUGGACAAUUAUGUGAACAAUCCGGAGUCGUUUCUUCUGUAUUCUUAUUUGACCGCUGGAAUCAAUGUUUAUGGCAUCAAAGCUCUGAAAGGGAUUGUUCGUAUGUACAAAAAGGAUGGUCAGGCCGCAGUGUACUCGGAUGAUUUGAAAAGGGAGUGGUGCCCCCCACCAAGCAAUCACACGAUUGCUCUUUUGCAAAACUAUGGGUGGGAUCUUUGAUCCUACGGUGUCACCCGUCUUCCAAGCUGAGUAGUGUCCAGAAAAGAACCACCUGACAGCAUAUGGAUACCAUGCGGUUUGUACCAUUGUGUCUGUUCCCUGCCAUAAAUGUAAGGGCUGCUAGAUGGACAAUUAGGGGUGUACGAUCUGCACUUGAACUCGUGACAAGGUGGCUGGUUGUGUUGCAACCGCUUCCGUUACCAGGCUCCUGCGGUUUUCACAAGUCCGUGGUGUUGAAUGGGAUCCGUUGCAAGAGAGCGGGAUCCCUUGCUAAGAAGAAAUGCCUUUCUUUUCACUUCGUCCCGGUACACGAUGGCUGUUUGAAAGACAAACACAUACAUUGUCCAGGACAAGAGCAGAAGAAGAAUAGGAACAGGGCCAGAAGUAGUUGACAGUAAAUACAUGCAUGUAGCUUCACAGAAGCAGCAUUAGUAGUUAGAUGUCCUGGCUAGCUGGUUCUGGAUAUCGCCAGCAAGACUACUAUUGAAAACGACAAAAAAGGGGAGCACUUCACUUGGCUUCCUCCCCACGCAGGCAUCCUUGUAAGCUGCGGUCCAAUUUGUUUGCGUCAUUGUCUCGUUUGUCGAAUUUGCUUUUCCACGUGUCAACAUCAUUCCGAAGCUGGGUGUUUUCUUCGUCAGCCGCAGCAUUGCAAGCUUCCUCCUUUUGAUUGAGCGCCGCCCGGCAGGAAGUCAAAUUCGCUUCGGCCGCUUUCUUUUCCUCCGCAAGUGUCUUAACGUAACCAUUACAACCGUCACGCUCCGUCGUGGCCGCAGUGAGACUUUGAGACAAUUUCUCUGAUUGAGUUUUACAUUCGGAAGCUGAAACGUUCGCCUUGAAAAAGUCAUCUUGGCAGGUAGAGAUUGUGGCAGAGAGCGUGGAAUUCACCUUAUCGGCUUUUGCCUUCAUCCGUCCCAACGUCUCAUUGCACACCUUUUCAUAUCCCUGCCCCAGCUGAUCCAUUACCAAGUCUUUUUGUUGUACUUGCGAUUCCCAAUGAGCUCUGAGCGCGUCUUGAGCAACCACUUUCUCCUUGGUUUUGGGCAACUCGUCUCUGCAGUUUUGGCAUCCAUCCGCUAUCGAUGCUUUCUCCUGUUUGAAUUCUUCCGCCAUCGAUGUCUUGUCCUGUUCGAGUCUUUCCGCCAUCGAUGCCUUCUCCUGAUUGCUCUGCACAUGAAGAUCACGGAAUCCAACAGCAUACUUCUUGCACCCAAUUUGACUCUGGACAAUCUCUUCGAUAAGAAUAUUCACGCACACAUUGACGGCUAGGCGGCGAUCAUCAUUGUCCUUGAUGUCGUUGAAGCCAUUGUAGCAUUUGCCAUACCGAAUAUUGCUAAGAGAAGAGGAGCAACCAGAUGGUGAGAGGGAGCAAGGAGUGUCGCCGUAGUUCAGCAAAAAGGAUUCACAAGACUUACCACAUACGCUCAAUCUCCUCAUCGGACAAGGGGUUUGGCAAAGGAUUGUCGGAAAGAGAUGUGCCAGCAGAGGGCGCUUUGUCGCUCGGGACGAC